GAAAUAAUGCCUUCCCCACAUGAGGAAAUUAAUUUUGCAGAGUCUGCUCACGGCCCACCAAUAGUUUCUUCUAGACCUGUAACCAGACUCAAAGCAAAACAGGCUCCUAGAGGGGAGGUAGAAAGUGUAGUCCAUGAGGAAAUUCGCUACACUACUAAGGAGCUUAAUGAGUUUGCUAAUUCAUUCAAGCAGAAACCUGGUGAAUAUGUGUGGGAAUGGAUUUUAAGGGUGUGGGAUAAGGGUGGAAGGAACAUAAAACUAGAGCAGGCUGAGUUUAUUGACAUGGGUCCUCUGAGUAGAGAUUCUAGGUUUAAUACGGAAGCUCGCAUAGUUAAAAAAGGUGUCAAAAGUUUGUUUGAAUGGUUGGCUGAGGUGUUUAUCAAAAGAUGGCCUACUGGAAAUGACUUGGAGAUGCCUGAUAUUCCAUGGCUUAGUGUUGAUGAAGGGAUUUUAAGACUUAGGGAAAUUGCAAUGCUAGAGUGGAUAUAUUGUGUAAAGCAUAAUUGUCCACAAUGGGAAGGUCCAGAAGAUAUGCCUUUCACCAGCUCUAUAAGACGCAAAUUGGUGAGAGGGGCACCAGCACAUUUGAAGGGUUUUGUUCUUUCCCUUUUCCUUGUGCCAGAUCUUAGCAUUGGAGAUGCUUCUGCUCAAUUAGAUGAAUUAAAUUCACUGGGUUUAGUUGGAUUCCGAGGUAACAAGGGCCAGGUGGCAGCAUUGAAUCGCCCGAGACAAGGUGAUUCUAGUUAUUAUAAUGGACAGCGUAGACAAAAGAAUGUUUAUAAUAACAUACCCAGUAAUGGUCAGCACAGGAGAGGUGAAAUUUAUAAUGGCAUGACUCGGUUGGACCUUUGGUACUGGCUAACCAAUCAUGGUGUUUCCAGGAAUGAAAUACAUAGGAAGCCUACUGCAUAUUUGUUUGAUCUGUAUAAGCAGAAAAAUUCUCAAACAAAUGAAAGAAAGGCUACAUUAGAUCGUGGUAAACAGCCAAAUGAAAGAAAGGCUACAUUAGAUCGUGGUAAACAGCAAUCUCGGCCAGUGAAUCAAUUUCCAGACUUGAGACAGUUUGCAGAUCCAGAACCCCUUGAAUGAAGGGGUGGCCAGGUUCCGCUGAGGAAGGAUCUUGAUAAGACACUCAAAGGUUUUGCUGUUACCCUUUCUCCAGUUCUUCCCCAGAGGGACCUACGGCCUUUUACAAGGGUAACUGUACACUGGGGAAAAGGAAAUAAUCAGACUUUUCGGGGUCUGCUGGAUACUGGUUCUGAGUUGACACUGAUCCCAGGGGAUCCCAAGAAACAUUGUGGCCCUCCAGUUAAAGUAGGGGCUUAUGGAGGGCAGGUGAUUAAUGGAGUUUUGACUGAUGUCCGACUCACAGUAGGUCCAGUAGGUCCCCGGACACAUCCUGUGGUGAUUUCCCCAGUUCCAGAAUGUAUAAUUGGGAUAGAUAUACUCAGAAAUUGGCAGAAUUCUCAUAUUGGUUCCCUGAACUGUAGAGUGAGGGCUAUUAUGGUUGGAAAGGCCAAAUGGAAGCCUUUAGAGUUGCCUUUGCCAAAGAAAAUAGUGAAUCAAAAACAGUAUCGUAUUCCUGGAGGCAUUGCAGAAAUUACUGCCACUAUCAAGGACUUGAAAGACGCAGGGGUGGUGGUUCCCACCACAUCUCCGUUUAACUCUCCUAUCUGGCCAGUGCAGAAAACAGAUGGAUCAUGGAGAAUGACAGUUGAUUAUCGAAAACUAAAUCAGGUAGUAACUCCAAUUGCAGCUGCUGUACCAGAUGUAGUUUCGUUACUUGAGCAAAUUAACACAUCUCCUGGCACCUGGUAUGCGGCUAUUGAUCUGGCAAAUGCCUUCUUCUCAGUACCUGUCCAUAAGGACCACCAGAAGCAAUUUGCUUUCAGUUGGCAAGGCCAACAGUAUACCUUCACAGUUUUGCCUCAAGGAUAUAUUAACUCUCCUGCCCUGUGUCAUAAUUUAGUAAGAAGGGAUCUUGAUCGUUUGGAUCUUCCACAAAAUAUCACAUUGGUGCACUAUAUUGAUGACAUUAUGCUGAUUGGACCAAGUGAGCAGGAAGUAGCAACCACUUUGGACUCAUUGGUAACACAUAUGCGUAUCAGAGGAUGGGAAAUAAAUCCAACCAAAAUUCAAGGACCAUCUACCUCAGUGAAAUUCUUAGGAGUCCAGUGGUGUGGGGCAUGCAGAGAUAUUCCUUCUAAGGUGAAGGAUAAGUUAUUGCACCUAGCCCCUCCUACAACCAAGAAAGAAGCACAACGUUUAGUGGGUCUAUUUGGAUUCUGGAGACAACACAUCCCUCACUUGGGUGUGUUACUUAGGCCUAUUUACCAAGUGACUCGGAAAGCUGCUAGCUUUGUGUGGGGCCUGGAACAGGAGAAGGCCCUUCAACAGGUCCAGGCUGCUGUGCAGGCUGCUCUACCACUUGGACCAUAUGACCCAGCAGACCCGAUGGUACUUGAGGUAUCUGUGGCUGAUAGAGAUGCUGUUUGGAGCCUCUGGCAGGCCCCUGUAGGUGAAUCACAGAAAAGACCUUUGGGAUUUUGGAGCAAAGCUCUACCAUCAUCUGCAGACAACUAUUCUCCCUUUGAAAAACAGCUCUUGGCCUGCUAUUGGGCCUUAGUGGAAACUGAACGUUUGACAAUAGGACACCAAGUUACUAUGCGACCUGAACUACCCAUCAUGAGCUGGGUACUAUCAGACCCUGCAAGUCAUAAAGUGGGACGCGCACAGCAGCAGUCUAUUAUCAAAUGGAAGUGGUAUAUACGUGAUCGGGCCAGAGCAGGUCCUGAAGGCACAAGCAAGUUACAUGAAGAAGUUGCUCAAAUGCCUAUGGUUUCUACUCCUGUUACAAUGCCAUCUGCUGCCAAGCAUGCACCUAUAGCCUCAUGGGGUGUUCCCUAUGAUCAACUGACCGAAGAGGAGAAGACUAGAGCCUGGUUUACUGAUGGCUCUGCACGUUAUGCAGGCACCACCCAGAAGUGGACAGCUGCAGCAUUACAACCCCUUUCUGGGACAACCUUGAAAGACACAGGUGAAGGGAAAUCUUCACAGUGGGCAGAACUUCGGGCAGUACACAUGGUAUUACAGUUUGUUUGUAAGAAGAAGUGGCCAGAUGUACGAUUAUUCACUGACUCAUGGGCUGUAGCCAAUGGAUUGGCUGGAUGGUCAGGGACUUGGAAAGAUCACAAUUGGAAAAUUGGUGAGAAAGACAUCUGGGGAAGAAGUAUGUGGAUAGAUCUCUCCAAAUGGGCAAAGGAUGUGAAGAUAUUUGUGUCCCAUGUAAAUGCUCACCAAAAGGUGACUUCAGCCGAGGAGGAGUUCAAUAAUCAAGUGGAUAAGAUGACCCGUUCUGUGGACAGUCAGCCUCUCUCCCCAGCCAUCCCUGUCAUUGCUCAAUGGGCACAUGAACAAAGUGGUCAUGGUGGUCGAGAUGGAGGUUAUGCUUGGGCUCAGCAACACGGGCUUCCACUCACCAAAGCUGACCUGGCUACUGCUGCUGCUGAUUGCCAGAUCUGCCAACAGCAGAAACCAACACUGAGCCCCAGAUAUGGCACCAUUCCUCGAGGUGACCAGCCAGCAACCUGGUGGCAGGUUGACUACAUUGGACCACUUCCUUCGUGGAAAGGACAGCGUUUUGUUCUUACUGGAGUAGAUACUUAUUCUGGUUAUGGAUUUGCCUUUCCUGCACGUAAUGCCUCUGCUAAAACCACCAUUCACGGAUUGACAGAAUGCCUCAUCUAUCGUCAUGGUAUUCCACACAGUAUUGCUUCUGACCAAGGAACUCAUUUCACAGCCAGAGAAGUUCGACAGUGGGCCCACGAUCAUGGAAUACACUGGUCUUACCACAUUCCCCAUCAUCCUGAAGCAGCUGGGCUGAUAGAAAGAUGGAAUGGCCUUUUGAAGACGCAGUUACAGCGCCAAUUAGGUGGUAACAGCUUGGAAGGCUGGGGCAGAGUUCUUCAGAAGGCAGUAUAUGCUUUGAAUCAGCGCUCGAUAUAUGGUACAGUUUCACCCAUAGCCAGGAUUCAUGGGUCCAGGAAUCAAGGGGUGGAAAAAGGAAUAGUUCCACUUACUAUCACUCCUAGUGACCCUCUAGGAAAAUUUUUGCUUCCUGUCCCCAUAACUCUAGGUUCUGCUGGCCUAGAAGUUUUGGCUCCAGAGAGGGGAGUCCUCCUACCAGGAGCUACAACAAACAUUCCAUUGAACUGGAAGCUCAGACUUCCCCCUGGUCAUUUUGGGCUUCUAAUGCCCUUAAACCAACAGGCUAAAAAAGGAAUAACAGUGUUAGGAGGGGUGAUAGAUCCAGAUUACCAUGGAGAAAUUGGAUUACCUCUUCACAAUGGUGGUAAGCAAGAUUAUGUCUGGAGUGUAGGAGAUCCCUUAGGGCGUCUCUUAGUACUACCAUGUCCUGUGAUUAAAGUCAAUGGGAAACUACAACAGCCUAAUCCAAGCAGGAUGACAAAGGACGCAGACCCAUCAGGAAUGAAGGUAUGGGUCAAUCCUCCAGGAAAAGAGCCAAGACCUGCUGAGGUGCUGGCUGAAGGUGAAGGAAAUACAGAAUGGGUAGUAGAGGAAGGUAGUUAUAAAUACCAAUUAAGGCCACGUAACCAGUUGCAGAAACGAGGAUUAUAAAGUAAUAUGAAUGCCCAUUGUAAAUUUACUAAUGCGUUUGCGAUUGUACGAGGGAUAGUUAUAUCAUGUUAGGCGUAUUUACAACCUUGUUAUUGUUUCAUGUGAACAUGAGAUAUUAUUUGUGUCAAGUUGACAAGGGGUGGAUUGUAGUGGCUAUUCCUGGUUGUCAACUUGACAAUAUUUGGAAUGAACUACAAUCCGGAAUUGGAAGGCUCACCAGUGACCCUUAUCUGGAGGCUUGGAGAUCCUUAUCUGGAUCUUGGUUUGAAGAUCUUGAGCCAUAUUGGCUAUGGAUUCCAGAAGAUUGAAUCUCCGAGUUUAAGGAACACACCUUUAAUCUGGGCUACGCCUUUCAUCUGGGAUUAAAGGUGUGGUGGAACACACCUUUAAUCUGGGCUACACCUUCUGCUGGAGACAAUAUAAGGACAUUGGAAGAAGGGAGUCUAGCUCUUGCUCCUGCUCCUUCGCCUGCUUGCUGCAUGAGACUGAGUAACUGCUAGAUCCUUGGACUUCCAUUCACAGCUGUGACUGAACGAUUGUUGGGAAUUGAGCUGCCGACUCUCGGGAGCCUUUUUGCACAUUACUGUUCCACUGAGGUCACCCAGGCAAUAUGGGACGGAUAUCUACAGCAAGCGGACCCGUUUUUUAUUUAUUUCUUAAUGUUAAUUAUCCUUGUUAAUACAAAAGAAGUUAUUUUAGCACAAGAGUCUGACAGCAAAGAAGAAGUUAUCCGCUUUUUGGAAAGUACCCCGGCCAGCCUGAAUCUGGAAGACAUAGAAGACCUGUUCUCUUUGGCUCAGUAUUACUGUAGUAAGACGCCAGCUUCUUUUAGGAAGGAUAACCAUCAUCUCUUCGGUAGCACCCUGCUGGGGAUCAAGGACGACGAGGCAGAUCUGAGCCAGGCUCUGUGUCUGGCUGUUUCAGUAUCAGAGAUCCUUCAAGCUAAUCAGCUGCAAGGGGAAGGAGUCCGGUUCUUCGUGGUGGACUGCCGUCCUGCGGAGCAGUACAAUGCUGGGCAUUUGGCAACCGCGUUCCACCUAGACUCAGACUUGAUGCUCCAGAAUCCAUCUGAGUUUGCACAGUCAGUAAAGUCCUUGCUAGAAGCACAGAAACAGUCCAUUGAGUCUGGCUCCAUAGCAGGCGGGGAGCACCUCUGUUUUAUGGGCAGUGGCAGAGAGGAAGAAGACAUGUACAUGAACAUGGUCCUCGCACACUUCUUACAGAAAAACAAAGAAUAUGUUAGCAUUGCCAGUGGAGGAUUUAUGGCCCUUCAGCAGCACCUGGCAGACAUAAAUGUAGAGGGACCAGAAAGUGGAUACGGCCAUUGGAUUGCCAGUACCUCAGGGUCAAGGGGCAGCAUCAGCUCUGUCGAUGGUGAAUCCUGUAAUGGCUCCAAUGAUAGAGGAAUGAAAUCCCUGGUCAGUAAAAUGACUGUGGCUCUAAAGACAAAAUCCGUUACCGUUAGGGAAAAGGUCAUCAGCUUUAUUGAGAACUCGUCGACUCCUGUGGACCGGCACGUGAGCAGCAGCGACAGAGUGGGCAAGCCUUACCGUGGAGUGAAGCCUGUGUUCAGCAUCGGCGAUGAAGAGGAAUAUGACACAGAUGAAAUCGACAGCUCGUCCAUGUCAGAUGAUGAUAGGAAAGAGGUUGUCAACAUCCAGACCUGGAUCAACAAGCCGGACAUCAAGCAUCACUUUCCCUGUAAAGAAGUUAAAGAAAGUGGACAUAUGUUUCCUAGCCAUCUGCUGGUUACCGCCACCCAUAUGUACUGCUUAAGGGAGAUUCUUUCAAGGAAAGGCCUGGCUUACAUCCAGUCUCGGCAAGCACUAAAUUCUGUAGUGAAAAUUACGUCCAAAAAAAAACAUCCCGAGCUAAUUACCUUCAAGUAUGGAAACAGCAGUGCUUCCGGGAUAGAAAUCUUGGCUAUUGAAAGGUAUUUGAUUCCAAAUGCAGGAGAUGCUACCAGAGCCAUAAAACAGCAGAUCAUGAAAGUGUUGGAUGCUUUGGAAAGUUAAUGUAAAAGAAAGUUAUUUAAGUGAAAUUAAGGCAACGAAGAGAAAUAUGAAAAUAUAUUUCCUGACUCAAUACUAAGCAGAGACCUUUGAUUUGCUCAUGGGGUGCCUGAGUAGAGGGUCUAAAUGCAAAUUAUUGUAAUCAAUACCGGGAUGGGUUCACUUUUUUAACAGUUUCUUUUGCAUCUUUGGUUUUAUAUAAUGAUUUAUUAUAAAGGUCAGUUAUUAAAUGACUUUGAAGUAACUGGCCUUGUGCCCUAUGGAUCCAAGGGCACAGAAUGCAGUUCUGUUUUGAAGAGCUGUUUUAAAGGACAUGCAUCAUUUUCAGGUUUUAAAACAACUGUACACAUACAUAUUUGCAAUGUCUUCACUGAAAUUUAGGGAUAGAAUUAGUUGAAGAGAUUUAAUUGCUACAUUGAGUUUUACUACAAUGAGCAUUAUCGAAAAUAAACGGUUAGACUAAUGAUUAGCUCACUGUUCUGUUCUUAAAAAGAUUGAAGUCUGUUGGAUGGAAUGGAUGGAGAUCAUAGCAACUCAAAACACAGCCCAGAGUGAGACACCGAAGGUCAGCUUCCCCAUCUUCCUUCCUCCAGUAGGUAAUUAUCCAGAGACUAAUUGCCUCAGAGAUAGUGAGCCUCACCCCAAGUUGCUAAGGAACAGUUAACAGCACUAGAAGUAAGUAGGCAUGUUAAGGUUAAAAUUAGCAUUUGGGGGACAGAAUUGUAUCUGUAAAAAUGUCCUUGGUCUUUAUUACAAAUGGGUCAUUUGGUCUAGGCUGUUUCAAAAUGCUUUGCCACACUGAUUAUCCUCCUUGAAAUGAUCACCCGUGACCACACUAAUGUCCAGUUUUUAAAAGAAAGAUAAUCAGAGAGCUGUAGGAAUUUCCCAUUGUUUCUCUAUCACUUUCUAAAAGUUCCCCGGUUUUUGCCGUCGCAGUAAAGUUUGCGUGGUUGGCACUUGUUCCAUCCUUACUCUCUGAAAGACGGACGCCGUCUGCUUUGUUUCGCAGCUUGCUCAGACUAGUCACUGUGCUGAGAGAGCCGGAACAGCUUCCGACCAUGGGAUGAUUUUUAUAAAAUCUGUCUGAAAAAUAGUAAAUAGAACCUGCCAUGUCAUAACAUGUAAUAGAUUUUUUCCAAGGGGUUGGUUGAUAGAAAUAUCUAGAUGUACCCCACCAGUAGCCAGUGUUUUAAUUUGCUUAAUGGAAAUCAAGUGAAUGGUAACAUAAUUAAAAGAACUCUAUUCUGAUAUCUAAAUAAAAACAAUGUAUUUGAGUGGUUGAAGACAUUUGCAUGAAAUUGCACCUUGUACGGUACUUGAUAUUUAUAACUCUUCCCCCAAACUGUUGUAUUUCAUUUCUUCCAUUUUCUCGACACCCUCUUUGAGAUGUCCUGAAGUCUCUCAGCUAUGGGACUUUUUUUCAUAAUAUUAAUGUAAAGAUGUUUGUGUUACUGUUUAUAAAUUACAAUUGUAAAUAAACUGAUACAAGUUUGCUCAAAA